CUGUCUGGCUGGCAGAUGCAGUGCCUAGUCCCGAGCCUCCAGGACAACGCCAACAUGAACGGGACGUCGGAGCAGGCCGACAUCCUGCCGCCCAACUGCAUGGUCAAGGACCGAUGGAAAGUGCUGAAGAAGAUCGGCGGCGGCGGCUUCGGGGAGAUCUACGAGGCCUUGGACCUGCUGACGCGGGAGAACGUGGCGCUGAAGGUGGAGUCGGCCCAGCAGCCCAAGCAGGUGCUGAAGAUGGAGGUGGCGGUGCUGAAGAAGCUGCAGGGUAAAAACCACGUCUGUAAGUUUAUUGGCUGCGGGAGAAACGACAAAUUCAACUAUGUGGUGAUGCAGCUCCAGGGUCGUAACCUGGCCGACCUGCGGAGGAGCCAGCCCAGAGGAACCUUCACCAUGAGCACCACCCUGCGGCUCGGGAAGCAGAUCCUGGAGUCCAUCGAGGCCAUCCACUCAGUGGGCUUCCUGCACCGAGACAUCAAACCGUCAAACUUUGCGAUGGGCCGGCUUCCCUCCACCUACAGGAAGUGCUACAUGCUGGACUUCGGUCUGGCACGUCAGUACACCAACACCACCGGAGAGGUCCGACCGCCGAGGACGGUGGCCGGGUUCCGAGGGACGGUCCGCUACGCCUCCGUCAACGCUCAUAAAAACAAGGAAAUGGGUCGCCAUGACGAUCUGUGGUCGUUGUUUUACAUGUUGGUGGAGUUCGCUGUCGGACAGUUGCCAUGGCGAAAGAUCAAAGAUAAGGAACAAGUUGGUCAGAUCAAGGAGCGCUACGACCAUCGGAUGCUGCUCAAACACAUGCCUUCAGAGUUCAACAUCUUCCUGGACCAUGUCCUGGCCCUGGACUACUUCACCAAACCGGACUACCAGCUGCUGAUGUCGGUGUUCGAGAACAGCAUGAAGGAGCGAAUCAUCACGGAGAACGAGCCCUUCGACUGGGAGAAGGGGGGGGGCGACGUCACGCUGUCGACCACGGCCACCAGCCAACCACAACAGAACACCCGACCCACCGCCGCCAUGGUGGGAGCCAUCGUGACCCCAGUUCCUGGUGAUCUUCAGCGGGAGAACACCGACGAUGUUCUGCAGGACGAACACCUCAGUGAUCAGGAGAACGCCCCCCCGGCCCCACCCAGUCGAGCCCCUGGGGAGACGGGCGUCCAACACACCGGAGAGACGGGAGAAGCCUGGGAGGACACGGACUUCAACCGCAACCGACUCAGGAUCAGCCUGAACAAGGGGGCUCAGGAGGAGGAGGUGGGUCGGGCCGUGUGUCCGGGGUCACCAGUUCGAGGCGGAGCCCCGGAGUCACCGACAGGUCAGGGUCGGUCUUUACGGUAUCGCCGGGUCAACAGCCCUGAAUCGGACCGGCUGUCUGCUGCCGAGGGUCGAGUGGACGGCUACGGACAGAGGUCUAGGAUGGACAUCCUCGGCUCCCCAUCUCGUCACGUCUACUCCUCCCAACCUGCACAGAUGCUGUCCAUCGACCCCGGUUGCCGCGGGGAUCGACAGGCCAGUGGUCGCCAGGAGAUGUCGGUGGCGUCGGCGGACCAGGAGGCGCACAGCAACGCCUUCAUCCGCUCUGUACCGCUGGCCGAGGAAGAGGACUUUGACAGUAAAGAGUGGGUGAUCAUCGACAAAGAGACGGAGUUACGAGACUUCCAACCAACCACAUCGGGGACGACGGAUGAGGAGCCGGAGGAGCUGCGUCCCUUAGAGGAGCAGGAGGAGCGGAGGAGGCUCCGGGCCGCAGGAGGGGAACUGGUGGUUCGGCCAAAGACCCACACCCGGGAAAGCAGCCGAGGGAUGCUAACGCUAACGGAGGAGGAGGCGUCGAGGAGGAGUGGUGGGAGCCCCGCCCAGUCGCCCUGUCACUCGCUGCCAUCGGGACGCCCCCGUCGGAGAGAGUCGGAUCCCACUGGACCUCAAAGACCGGUGUUAUCACCCACGGAGCAGAGCAUCCCGUUGCCGCCCUCCCCCGACUACAGGACAAAGGGCCAGAGCGACGAGAAGGAGCAUUUCCACAUCCUUCCUCAGCUCCAGGCCAAGAGGGCGGACUUCCUCGCAGUGAUGCUCACUGGUACGUUGCCUCAGCGCAGGAGCUUUGCCACGCCAGAUGAAGAAGAAGUCCCGGAACCUCCAGGGCCAAAGGAUGACGAUGUCACAAAGAGUGAGUCCAACAGCGAGGCCAGUCAGAAAAGCACGGAACGUAGCCAGGAAGCUGCGGCCUCCACGCUCAUGGCCGAGGACCAGAGGGUCCAGCGGGAGCACGCCUCAGCUGCUGAUGCAGACCCUGACUUGGAGGACGCAUCCAAAACUCUUGUCCUCUUCUCUCCUGGAGACCCUCGCAAGUCUCCCUCAGGUGAUGAUCAUUUGCUGGAGGCUGAGCUGGCCACACCUUGUACCCUCAAUUCCCGUAAUGACCGCCUCCUGGUCGGCGAGGCAAUUCAGCCCGAACCUUCGGAAACUGGGCGCUUGUCCCCAGCUCUCAGGUCAGACUUGAGGCCGUCCACUCCCAUCGCUCCUGCAUCACCGCCCUUCACCAAAGUUGAGCGAACUUUCAUCCAUAUUGCAGAGACGUCCCACCUCAACAUCAUGUCUUCCAACGGCCACUCUGCCAAGGAGAGUGACCGUGAAGUCUUAGCCAUCAUGAAGGACUCAACUGUAGAGGAUUACUCUCGUGAGCAGGGGGGGGCCUCAGUGACAGAAGAGUCUCCAGAGGUGCCAGACCAAACUGCACCAGUUGACAAACACUCCAAAACUGAGAGUGGUGUGUCACCUGUCCAGGUCCAGUCUUUGGAGCCUGUCCCAGAAGCAAUGUCUCCAGCUCAUGAAUAUAAAGAUCUGUCACAGGAACCGAAGAAACAGCCGUCCCCCAGUGAAGAAGCUGCCAAGCCUCAGACAACAGCAUCAGAACUACCGACAUCCAUUAAGCCCAGAAUCCGCAGCCUAAUCCCAGUUCUGAUAUCUGAAGAGGAUUCAGGCUCAGAAAAGUCCUCCUCCCUCUCGGCUCGGGCUCGGCUCAAGCAGCGGGCCAGGCAGCUGGACUUGGCCCGUAUGCUGGUCCAGAAACAACAGGGUCGCUGGAUAAGGGGGAGGAUGCUGUCCGGGACGUCAUCAUCGAUGUCCUCUGGGGACGAUGAGCGUCAGAGGGCCUCUGAAACUCUGUCCACCACAGGCUCAGAGGAGGACAUGCACACCUCGGACGAAUCCAAGAGAAGCUUGCGUCUUAAACCAACUGACGAGAAAGGUUCCAAGGAGACCAGGAGCAGGAUCCCCAGGCCUGUCACCCCCAUAAAGAGGCCUUCGGGGGGGCUUGCUGCUCCUUCUCCUUCCCCUCUCUCCUUGCCAGAGUCCAGCACUAAAGGAGCACCAUCCUUUGCUAAUGGGAAUCGGAAAAUUGGUCUCAGCACUCUUAGCAGCCAACGGAAAUCCAAACCUGUCUCAGCCAGGUCCUCGUCCUCAUGUCCUCGCCCCUCUGCCCCCCCGGCCCUGCCCGGUAGCCCUCGAAUGCCCCUGCGAGUCCUGUUUGGAACCCGACGCAGCCUUAGCUCCACCCACUGCAGGACGGACAGCCCCUCUCCUCAGAGAGUAUGUCCGUCCAGGCAGCCGCUCUCAGUCCGAGCCCCAACUGUCCCCGUGCUACCGCCCAGGACUACAACCACCAUGCGGCGCAGCGCCUCACAGGAAGCCACUGGCCAGUCCUCCUCUGGCAUCAUGUCCACCAGGACCCGGCCCAAACCAGCUGGUACGACAAAGGGGAAACCGGUUGCCAGGGAGAAGGUGGCGCCCGCUAGAUAA